AUGGCGAGUGGUGUCAUUGCCGGGCUUCUCGCCCGCUCGCACGCGCCGUCGCCGUCACCGAAGAUGCCAGCCGACGUGCUCAAGGAGAUUGACGACACCGACGUCCCCUUCUUCAUGGCGGGCAUCCUGCUGCCCCACGCCGUCUGCACGCUCCUCAUCCUGGCCCGCGUCGUCUCUCGCGUCUGGGUCCUCCGAAAGUGGUUCAUCGACGACACCCUCAUCAUCCUCUCCUGGCUCUUCUCCACGGCCCUGUGCAUUGUCUACGGCAUCACAGCCACGACGCCCUCGCUCCUCGGCGCCCCGCCCAACGAGGCCGCCGACGCCGUCCUAAAAGACGCGAACCCAUACAUCAUGCGCACCUACCUCGGUCUCAUCUACUACCAGCUCUGCCUGUGCCUCACCAAGCUCUCCAUCCUCGCCUUUUACCUGCGCGUCUUCGUCUCCCGCCAGAGGGAGCGCUACCUCGCCUGGGCCACCGUCGCCUUCGUGCUCCUGUACGGCGCGCCCAUGCUGCUCAUGAGCUUCCUCCAGUGCCACCCCGCCCCGGGCCAGUUCUUCGGCCAGCCCAUGAUGUGCUUCGGCUUCCCCGACCUGCUCAUCUCGAGCGCCAGCCUGCACUCCGCCACCGACGCCUGGCUGAUCCUCAUGGUCGUCCCCUGCGUCAUGAGGCUCGACCUGCCCCGCCGCCAAAAGGUUGCCCUUGGCUUCGUCAUGAGCCUCGGCGUCUUCGUCAUCGUCGCCAGCAUGAUCCGCCUGCAGCUUAGCCUGCACCUGCACUACCGCCCCAACAGCGCCGCCAUACGGAACACGCUGGGCUUCUUCGUCAUGACCGUCCUCGAGUGCGACAUCGCCCUCAUCUGCGCCAGCGCGCCGACCCUCCGGCCACUGCUGGCAAGGCUGUUCCCGGGGUUGGUGAACAGCGCCAAGAAGAGGUCGCUGGAGGCGGCCGACGGGCAGAGCUUCGACCUGACGAGCUUGACAUACCACGGGUACCCGUGGUCGACGUCGAGCACGCCAUUUACGAGAAGCAGGAACGCCAGUGUCGCGAGCCACCUGAACAAGACGCGAAUGCCAGUACCGCCGGUGCCGGCUCUGACCAUGGCCCAGCGCACAGCGACGACGCUGAGCCCGGGGAACUGGAUCGCGGGCACGGCGCCGCGGACCAGGGAUCGGCAUUGUGGGAACGAUCGCAGGCCGAUGUCUGACGAGACGUGGGCGAUGAAGCGCAGCUCGUCCAUCUACUCGCAGGACUCGGUCUGGGAGGGGUUCGGCGAUGACGAUCUCGAGAGGCAGGGCGUCAUCCUCAAGACCAUGCGGGUGAGCCUCCACUCAGAAUAUAUAGCACAGCCCGAUCUUGAUCUCGGGAGGACGGAGCCGUUGAAGAUCAACCGCAUGAGCCCGGCAUCCGGGCUCAGCGGCGACACCUGGGUCGCGGAUAGGAGCAGCUCGGGUACGAAGAAUGAAAGCAUCGAUGGGGCACUGGCGAGCCGUUUACCCAAGGAAGAGGACAACGGUAAGCCUGAGGUUCCCCCGCGUAGUCCGUUGAGAGAUAGUCGGAGAUAG